AUGAAACAGUGGUUCGAGAACUUGAUCAUGACCAUUAUUGUAAGAAUGCUUUUUGGAAAGAGAUAUACUGAAGAUCAUGAGGUAGAAGAAGGAAAGAGAGUUAGAAAAGCAAUUAGAACUUUUUUUAAGUUACUUAGUACAUUUGUUGCUGCUGAUUUUAUUCCAUGGUUAAGAUGGUUCGAUAUAGGAGGAUAUGAAAAGGAGAUGAAGGAAAAUGCUAAGGAAACAGACUCUAUUCUUGAAAGCUGGCUAUUAGAGCACAAGAAAAAGAGAAGUUGUGGAGAAUGGAAAUUAUGUGAGGAUGAAAAAGACUUUAUGGAUAUAAUGUUGGACCUUUUUGAAGGUGCUAAAGAUGAAGAUCUUCCUGGUUUUGAUGCUGAUACAAUUAUCAAAUCUACAUGCUUGGCUAUGUUAGCAGGAGGGACUGAAAACACAGUUGUAACACUAACUUGGAUGCUCUCUUUAUUACUUAACAAUCCUCAUGCAAUGGAAAAGGCCAAAGUAGAACUAGACAUUUAUGUUGGAAGAAAUAUACUAGUUGGCGAGUCACAUGUAAAGAACUUGGUCUAUCUUCAAGCCACAGUUAAAGAGUCGUUACGUUUAUAUCCACCUGGACCAUUAUCUCCACCACAUGAAUCUAUAGAAAACUGCAUUAUUGGUGGCUACAAUAUUUCAAAAGGUACUCGACUAUUUUUCAAUCUGUGGAGGAUUCAACGGGACUCGUCCGUUUGGCUGGAACACGAUAUAUUCAAGCCAGAGAGGUUCUUGACGACACAUAAGGAUAUCGAUGUUAGAGGAAAUCACUUUGAGUUGAUUCCAUUUGGUGGCGGAAGAAGAAUGUGCCCUGGCAUUUCCGCAACACUUGUGAUGUUGCACUUGAUUUUGGCUAAUGUGUUACAUGCCUUUGAAAUCAGAAGACCAACUGAUGAACCAAUUGACAUGAUUGAGAGCUUUGUUACGUCUAACCUUAAAGCUACCCUUGAGGUUCUUUGUUGCUCCAAGGCUGUCCCCAAAUUUGUAUGA